UCACCAGUCCUGCGCUUACCCUCGAUUGAACCGGUCCCUUUAUUCAUUUCAGCCGACGAACGCUUCAUCGCAUCCUCCACGCGCCACAAGCAGCCCAUGGUGCCCUCCACCCUCCUCCUUCUCCUGUGCUGCACCGUGGGUGCAUUCAACCCACCAUCUCUGCGGCCGACGCAGAGAUCUGCCACUCGACGCAACAAAGACAUGGUGACGCGCAAGAGCUCAUUGACGCGCAUCCGAGACGGCUUCAGGAGCCUUCGGGAAGAGCUGGCGAGGCGGGAGGAGAUGGAUCAGGCAUUUGACCUCAAGAGAGGCAUAAUGCAGAUCGGGGCGGCAUGGUGCGAACGGCGCGGGGGGGAGAGAUGGAUCAAUACGCGAGCAUUCGUAUGUGUAUGUGUUCAGUGACCGUGGUCAGCAGGCAACGACAGCUCAGCGUCAAGAUGUGAUGGCCAUGAUUGAACGGCUGGAGCGCCUGAGCCCCACCCAAGAGCCAUCGAGACUGGUACGACACAAACAACCACCAUCAACUCAAGGACAAGGGGAAACGGGGUUGUUUUCUCCUUGUCGACUGUCUUCGUUCAGCUUGAAGGCACGUGGCGCCUGGUGUAUUCUGGCGAGAAUCCAACGCGCUCAUCGCCCUUCUGGUGGGCCACACGACAGCUAUUCGGUACGCCCGCCGCCUGAAUGCCAAAAGGAUCACUCGUUUGUCCAGAUCAUGCUGUCUGCCUGUAACGUGCUUCAUCCAAUCAGGCGGCGUCGCAGCAGACCUUCUGCGGCUGCGUGAUCUUGUGGAGUCGGCCUAUCGGUGGAGCGACAUGAUCCCAGUGACACGGACGGGCGAGGCCGUCCAGAUGAUCUCUGGUGAGUGAGUGAGUGAGUGAGUGGGUGAGUGGGUGAGCGGGUGUGCCGUCUGACACACCACACCUUUGUCAGGUUUGAGCGAUGGCGAGGGAGUUGGUUCGCUGGUCAACAGGAUGCGCAUAUCGGUCUCGGGUGCUGGGUCUGGCAUCUUCGAAACGACCGCAACGGUGGGGGAGAUGACGACUCUGUGACAUCUGAAUCAAGGGCCCACGUGAUGGUUUGCACCUCCUCUCCUUGCUGUUCAGGUGCAGCAGAGCAGGAAGCACCCCGAGGUGCUUCGGUUGGACGUCGAGACCGAGAAGGUAACGGCAACGACCAACCAACACCUGUCGUGUUUGUUGUGUGUAUACGUGGGUGCGCAUUGGUAUUCACCAAUCAGAUCACUGAUUCUUGGGUGCCGUAUCUCUCCAAUGUGGUGUUUCCCACCCAGCGCGUCUACGAACGCUUCCGUCGAGGCGCAGCAGAGGUGGGUGAAAGACCCAUCUUGCCGUUGCGUACACGGGCGCGUCUUUCUUCCAUCAGCUGCGCAUGACAACAACCUACAUCGAUGACGAUAUCCGGAUCAGUCGCUACUUGUCCGACGAAGCUUCGCGCGAGGUACGCAACUGGCACAGACCGCCUUGGCUCGGCAUCACGGCGAUGGGUCUUCCUCUACCUCUGUGUGUGUGUGUGCAGAAGGACUUCGUGUACGUGUAUUCGCGAGUGUAGUCUGGCUCAUUUCCGACUGGGAUGAUGGUGAAGGGAUGAUGUGGCACAGGGGGGGCUGUCGAUAGCGCAUGAAUGCAUCGCUGGACCGGCGAUAGGCGUGUAGAGCGUUUGUUGUAACUAGGCUAGGCAGCUGUACAUAGUUGAGUCAAGCUGUGGAGUACGGUUGAGCUGUAGAUACCUGCACACAGAUCAGCGGCAGAGCUACAUACCGAGUCUGUCAAAUGAAGUCAGCGCGAAUGACGACUGGAU